AUGGUGAUUCAGACUCCUUUGUCUGCUGUGGGGGAUAAGAGGGAUAAGGUUAGUACCUCUGUUGUUAAGCCUAUGGCUGAUAACUCUGAACAUUGUUCUAAGUUAGGCUCAGUGGGUGAAGCCAGUGGUAGUAGCCCUACUGAGUUAGAAAAAGGGUUGGAUAGACCUGGCAUUAAAACUUCUGCUUUGGUUCCUGAGCAUAAUCCCUCUAAUCUAAUAGAGGUAGAUGUGCACAUGGGACAGACAGAUCAUAUGGGUCCUAGGAAGCAAAAGGGUUUUGUUAGAAGAAAUAGGACAGUCACUAAACAAGAGGGUAUGAUUGUGGAUACCUCAGUUUCUCCUCAAGCUAUGCCCCAACUAGGUGUCUUUUCGUUCGUGUCUUUGGCCAUGUUGGCUUUGGAGGGGGAACAAGAUGAUGUUUCUCCCGUUGUUCAGUAA